AACCGUCAGGCGAUGCAGUCUACCGAACUGUACUGUAGGUCGAAACACAACGACGUAGCAGUGGUGCUGUGGUUGUUUAUGGCUGCCGACUCGCUGCAGACGUUCGGAAAUUUGAAACAUAGAAGAAAAUAUUCGCAUUAGCGGGAGGUGCCGAUUGGAGGCGAGCGUCAAGUUGCGCAGGUUGCUCCACAUUUUUGUGCGGAUGCGAACGCUCGGGGAGGGGGGAAGGAAACAUACCGAGGAGAAGACCUUGUUUUUGCGAAUCUGACUGACGAGGAGCGCGACGGCGGAUCGUCCUCGACUCCCGCAUCAAAAUGUCGGCCAUCUCUGCAGCCGAAAAAGUGGACGGAUUUACGAGAAAGUCGGUGAGGAAGGCCCAGAAACAGAGAAAAUCUCCCAGCUCGUCUCAGUACAGGACUCAGAUCGCCCCGGUGGAGCUUUCGUCGCUGCCUCAGCUCAAAGACGCUCCCUCCACUGAGCAGCAGGAACUUUUCACCCAGAAACUCCAGCAGUGCUGCAUGCUCUUUGACUUCCUGGAUUCUGUGACAGACCUGAAGAACAAGGAGAUCAAGAGGGCCACACUGAAUGAGCUGGUGGACUAUGUGUCCACCAACAGAGGCGUGCUUGUUGAAUCUGCGUACCCUGAGAUCACCACGAUGAUCAGCACAAAUAUAUUCCGUACACUUGCUCCUAGUGACAACCCAGAUUUUGACCCAGAAGAGGAUGAGCCCACUCUUGAAGCUUCAUGGCCGCAUAUCCAACUCGUCUACGAGUUUCUACUCCGUUUCCUUGAGAACCCAGAUUUCCAACCCAGUAUUGCCAAACGCUACAUUGAUCAGAAGUUUGUACUCCAGCUUCUAGAACUGUUUGACAGCGAGGAUCCAAGGGAGAGGGACUUCCUCAAGACCAUCCUGCAUCGGAUUUAUGGAAAGUUCCUCGGGUUACGAGCCUUCAUCAGGAAGCAGAUUAACAACAUCUUCUUGCGGUUCAUCUAUGAGACUGAACAUUUCAACGGAGUUGCCGAGCUCCUAGAAAUUCUGGGAAGUAUCAUCAACGGGUUUGCGCUGCCUUUGAAGGCAGAACACAAACAGUUCCUGAUGAAGGUGCUCAUCCCAUUACACACUGCAAAGGGACUGGCCCUCUUUCAUGCUCAGCUGGCAUAUUGUGUGGUCCAGUUCCUGGAAAAGGAUCCAACACUAACUGAACCGGUGAUCCGAGGAUUGCUGAAGUUUUGGCCCAAGACCUGCAGCCAGAAAGAGGUGAUGUUCCUGGGUGAAAUCGAGGAGAUUUUGGACGUCAUUGAGCCAACGCAGUUCAAGAAAAUCCAGGAGCCAAUGUUUAAACAGAUCUCCAAAUGUGUGGCCAAUCCCCACUUUCAGGUAGCAGAGCGAGCGCUGUACUUUUGGAAUAACGAGUAUAUUCUCAGCCUCAUCGAGGAGAACAUCGACAAGGUCCUCCCCAUCAUGUUCUGUAGCCUGUACAGAAUCUCCAAAGAGCAUUGGAAUCCAACUAUCGUAGCUCUGGUCUACAAUGUGCUGAAGACGCUGAUGGAGAUGAAUUGUACACUCUUUGAUGAGUUGACCUCUUCCUAUAAAUCAGACCGGCAAAGGGAGAAGAAGAAGGAGCAGGAGCGUGACGAGCUGUGGAGGAAGCUGGACGAGCUGAAGCUCAGCAACAGCACACUAGAACAGAACAACAGCCACAAGCUCCUAAGUGUCCAAAACAACAACAAGAAUAGCAAUAAUAAUAACCGGGGCAGCCAGUGAGAGCAACCCACGUGGCAACUGACACCGGUCGUCAGCUUUUCACACUUGUUGUCUUGAAUGGACUGACGUCGUCUCAAGGACUGUCGGGAAGGGAUGAACAAAGAUUGGGGCGGAGGGGGGCGCCGGCGGUGACGACACCUCCGCAUUUUUAUAAAACAUCGAUGAGUGACUUUAAAUGCCUCACAGAAAAGAUUUGAUGUUACCGACAGUAUAUUGUUGAUUUGUCCACUCUUGUUGUAUUCGGUGUACAUGUCCAGCGGUUGGAGGAGAGAGGGAGGGGGGCACCGGGGGAUCAUGACUUGAAUUCAGCAAUUCAGAUUGUUUCUGCCACCAGCUGAAUCGCUCAACAAAGAUGUCUAUUUUGUACUGUCGUCGCUGCCAACACUUGUGCGCUGACCCUAGGGCUGCGGGAAGUGCAUUGUGGGAGUUAAGAGGCAGCCGGGACCACACCCGCUCUGAGACAUGCUGAAAUGUACACAAAAAGAGCCUCCAUUCGAAAUCCCAAUGGAACAAUCACGAUGACCAUCCCAAUCGGUUUUGUCUAUGUCUUGGUCUUGCGGAGGGUGUUUCGGAGUGUAAUAUUGUACGUCACAGUUAGUUUUACAUUUCAGGUAAAUAUUUUUUUAUCUGGGCGAAACCAUGUGAGUGGCACAGCAGCGUUUAUUCAGAGUAUUUACACUGAAGUAUUGACACAGGGCUUUCAAUUGGACACUUUUUUGCCUGGGUUAUAGUGGGAGGAAUUGGAUUGACCGUUGCUUGAUUGUGUUGGGGGCAUACUGUGAUGCUGCUGUUGUGUCUUUCGGUUUAUAAAUAUAUAAAUAUACUUCAAAUAGCUGUUAGCUUAGCGUAAAGCCUGGAAACCAAGACAACAUCCACAGUUCAGCCGUUUUAUAUUGGACCAUGCUUAAACAGUCUUCGCCCAUGUAAAUGGUUUCGGGAAAGAAAAACAAGUUUUACUGUUUCCAGUCUUUAUGCAGUGAUGCUCAGCAUACAACUGUAGGAUGUAUUUUCGUCAUGUCUAACUACAGGCAGGGAAGUAAAGUUGCUGUUGUUAUUUUUUUUUUUAAUUACUUUGAAUUAUUUCUGUAAAAUAAUAGAAGCGAAAGUAAGACAUACAGUGCUAUAUUUUUCCAAAGUUUAUUUUUGGGGCAGUUCAUUUUGCAAAUGGACUAAGCUGGGAUGCCAAGCAGGCUUGAUUGUUCAGUCUAUUCGUCGAGUGGUUAUAUUUGUAUUAGGGACGCACCGACACCACUUUUUUCGCAGAGCGAAUCGGAAUCUACAAGGACAUACAUUUGAGUACUCGUUGAUAUAAAAUACUUGAUUAUCCCAGUACGUCUUGCAAUUAUGAUGACCUUUUUUUUUUUAAACUAACAUCGUUCCAACACACAAACUCAUUGAAUAUGGCAUCCGUUUAACAAGAUUUUUAAAGAAUAACAACUUGUCAUUACUAAAAUGUUCAAAUCCAACUGUCUGGUUUUCUACCACGUUUUUCAUUUAAAUGUUAACUGUAACACAAGGGCAGGACAACUAAAGUGGCGUUACUUCUCCAUACUUGGGAGUGUAUGACAAGAGUACGGGACAGGUUCUUUGUCGUUUUGGGGGUUUUUUUCUGUGUCAUUCGCAGUAAUCCCGUUUCAGGUGAAUGAGCCAUUUGCAGUUUCACCGUACAGGUCAAAGUCUAAAAAACUUGCCUGACAUAAGCAUAUUCUUCGGGGUGGAUAUGUCACAGCACAUUGCCCGCAGGCCUGGCCUCAUCCGCCGCGGCUUUGUGGUGGGAGCAAAGCUGGCCGUGCUGGAGUCUGGCUCGAGAAACUCAAAAAUUCAACAUCUAUUUUGCAGAGCAUAAUUUGCAGUUGGAUUUCAUGUUUUCUGUGUUUGCCUUGAAGCAUCUCCACACUGCCAGCAUGGCUCCUACCCCACCUACCUGGGAGAUAGAGUAUAUGUCAGGUUGAUAAAGUGGUAUCUGUGUCGUAAUAUUAGAGCAAUGUUAUAAGUCCGAGGAAAAACGUACAGUUUCACCCCCGAUUCUGGUCUUGGUAUCAGUGCGUCCCUAAUUUGUAUGCUAGUUUCGAGGUGACAAAGGACAAUGCCGCUCUAUUUAAAUGGGACCUAUGGACUAUAUGAUGUUGGUUCCGUUUUCAAUGUAGUUUCAAAGUAUUAAUGUACAUGUACAGUGAAAUGACAUAAAGGUCCUACCUGUGAGAUAAACCUUUUUAUUCUAUUGUCAUGUCCAGAUGAUGAUGAUAGUUUAUCAUGUGAUUGACAACUGAGUUUCUUUCUGCCCCCCCCCCCCACACACCUUUUGCAGUCUUAGGAAGGGCCUUAUCCCCCCCCCCCCCCCCCCUCAAAACACAGACGCACUCAUAUAUUAUAUAUAUUCAUUCAUUCAUUUUCCGAACCGCUUGAUCCUCACAUGGGUCGCGGGGGGUGCUGGAGCCUAUCCCAGCUGUCUCCGGGCAGUAAGCGGGGGACACCCUGAAUCGGUUGCCAGCCAAUAGCAGGGCACACAGAGACGAACAACCAACCAUGCUCACACUCACACCUCGGGACAAUUUAGAGUAAUAAGUACUAAAUAUUUUAAGAUGCAAUAGUAACACUGCUGGGAUUGUUCAAACUUCACUGUCAUGCUGUCAUUGCGAAUGAACAGCAAGUGGUCAGAUUUCCUCUCGUCAAGAUGUGUUAUGAAGUAGUGAAACAAGAAAAUAAACACUUGGUUGUUUUGAGAAGUAAACUUUACUACCUGUUCUUCCUCAUGCUCUUACCUCCUCAAGUAGACUUUUUGUUGUGGUUGUCGUUGGGAAGUAAUCAUCAUCUGCUCAUUUAAGAGUCUUAAAUGAUCUAAAUGUGUCUUAAAUUAAGACACAUUUAGAUCAUAGGGAACACGUUAGGGUGCAUUCUUGAAGGGGCUGUCUUCACCUGGCUUUUUCACUUCGAAUGUUUUAUUUCCAGUUUCUCUGAUGCCUUUUUUUUCUUAGUACAGCAUUCCAACGUCUGUGAUGUUUAAACUUACUCAUUUGAGGUGAGAAGGGAUGGAGCCUAUUUUGUAAUCUCAGAUAGGGUUUUCCGAGGUUUCUUCAUUAAAUAAAAUCCACACUAUCUUUCUACUCCAA